AACCAGAAGCAGCUGCAGUCUGACAUCUUUUCCUUGGUCAACUUUGGUUUCUAGUUUUUAGAAACAUCGCAGGGAAACUGUUUCCACGUGAGGAGAAGCGCGUGCAUGGAGCACAUGGAGUCACGUCUGCCCACCCGCCACGGGGGCGCGCAGCUCCCGGGGCCAAUUAAUAAACGCGCCCCCGAUACUAAUCAACGCAGCACUCAGAGUGCGAAGGCGGAAGGUUUCUCCCCGUGCGUGACGCGGUGCUGCGUGGCGGACUCUCCCCCGACCCACGGGGAUUCUCUGGCGACACGCCCCCACCCGCGGAGAGGAGGAGGAGGAGGAGGGAGAAGAGGAGGAGCAGCGUGAGUUUCCGCCUCUCCUCCCAGCAGCAGCACCUGUGUGACCGCAGAACGAGCAGCUGCGGCCGCUUUUCCUCCAUCCGAACCUCCUGCUUGUCCGCACAGGUUCGGUUCGGUUCGGAUUUUCUCCCCCCUGCGGAGCCAGAAGUGGUCACCAUUCAUGUACACCUUACCGCAGGGAACCACUGCGGAACUGGAUCGGUAGACUGCAGCGUGUGCAGCCGGAGUGGACAUGCAAAUGUCGGACCGGUGCCAGGUUCGGGUCCGGCUUUGGGAAGCGAGAUUACCCUGAGAGCUAAAAAAACUGCAGGAAACCUUCAGAUCUGCGUGAACAGAGAGUCCGUGCAGCUUGUCUCCCUGAGGAGGUGAGUCUGCCUCACUCAAACAAACUGAAAGUGACUCCAGCAGCUGCUGAUCACGGGAGCUCUUUGUUUCCACAGCGUUCCUUUCACCUUUUUACGCAUUCGGUGCGUAAAACUCUGCUCUCUGGAUGUCCUGGAGGUCCUAGCUCCACACUUUCAGCCCCGGAUGCCCUCUUGUUGCUCCGUAGCUCUCUGAACCCCUCCGAGUCUCCGCACCGCUCCGGGCCAGCAUGGCUGCAGGAGUCGCAGCGUGGAUGCCGUUCGCCCGCGCCGCGGCCAUCGGCUGGAUGCCGGUGGCCAGCGCGCCCAUGCCGGUUCCCCCAAAGGAGAAGCGGCGCGGCCGGGACGGACUGAUCGUGCUGAACGUGAGCGGCACCAGGUUCCAAACUUGGCGGGACACGUUGGAGCGGUAUCCGGACACCCUGCUGGGCAGCACGGAGCGGGACUUUUUCUUCCACGAGGAGAGCAACGAGUACUUCUUUGACCGCGACCCGGACAUCUUCCGGCACGUGCUGAACUUUUACCGCACCGGGAAGCUGCACUACCCGCGUCAGGAGUGCAUCUCCGCGUACGAGGAGGAGCUGGCUUUCUUCGGGAUCAUCCCGGAGAUCAUAGGGGACUGCUGCUACGAGGAGUACAAGGACCGGCGGCGGGAGAACCAGGAGCGCAUCCAGGACGACGAGGAGAACGACCAGAGCAAUGACCUGGUGUCCCCAGACGCCAGCUUCCGUGAGACCAUGUGGCGCGCCUUCGAGAACCCGCACACCUCCACCAUGGCGCUGGUCUUCUACUACGUGACGGGCUUCUUCAUCGCAGUGUCGGUGAUGGCAAACGUGGUGGAGACGGUGCCCUGCGGCGCUGCGCCAAACCGCAUCAAGGUGAUGUCCUGCGGGGAGCGCUACGCGCUGGCCUUCUUCUGCUUGGACACAGCGUGCGUCAUGAUCUUCACGGUGGAGUACCUGCUGCGCCUGCUGGCCGCGCCGAGCCGCUACAGGUUCGUCAAGAGCGUGAUGAGCAUCAUCGACGUGGUGGCCAUCAUGCCCUACUACAUCGGCCUGGUCAUGACGGACAACGAGGACGUGAGCGGCGCCUUUGUCACGCUGCGCGUCUUCAGGGUCUUCCGCAUCUUCAAGUUCUCGCGGCACUCAGCGGGACUGCGCAUCCUGGGCUACACGCUGAAGAGCUGCGCGUCGGAGCUGGGCUUCCUACUCUUCUCCCUCACCAUGGCCAUCAUCAUCUUCGCCACAGUCAUGUUCUACGCUGAGAAGGGCUCCGGCAGCAAGUUCACCAGCAUCCCCGCAGCCUUCUGGUACACCAUCGUUACCAUGACAACGCUGGGGUACGGUGACAUGGUACCAAAGACCAUCAUGGGGAAGAUCUUUGGCUCCAUCUGCUCCCUCAGCGGGGUUCUGGUCAUCGCUCUGCCCGUCCCCGUCAUCGUCUCCAACUUCAGCCGCAUCUACCACCAGAGCCAGAGAGCCGAGAAGAGGCGAGCGCAGAAGAAGAGCCGGCUGGCUAGAAUUCACGCAGUGAAGAGCGCAGGAGCUCGAGCUUACAUGCAGCACAAAGGCAGCCAGCAGCUGAUUGGCCCAGAUCAGCAGGCGUCCAAAGAAGCUGGCCAGGCGUUGGUGUGUAAGAUCAACCCGACCUUUGACCUACAGCAUCACCAUCUGCUCAACUGUCUGGAGAAAACAACGAACCACGAGUUUGUAGACGAGAAGCCGCCGGAGUCCAGCUGCAGGGAAUUAAGUCCGGUGAAGCAGCUGUCCCGCUCUUCCUCCAUCUCCUCCUCCUCCUCGUCUAAUGGCGUCUCCUGCUGCGGCCGCAGGAGGAGGAAGACCUUCACCGUGCCCAACUCCAUGUCUGUGGGGCUGCAGGGCAGCAUCCAGGAGCUGUGCACCAUCCAGAUCAGGGAGCGGCCCAUCACCAACAGUCGAUCCAGCCUUAAUGCCAAAUUCCAGGAGACGCUCCCUCUGAACUGCGAGCAGCCGUACCUCUCCCCGGCUGUCAUCAGCCUUCCUACGCCCGGCACCACGCCAGAAGGAGACCGAUCUGCAGACUACUCCCAGGCCAACAUCGUCCGGGUUUCUGCUCUAUAGCGCCCAUCUGGCCUCCCUUCACUCCAAACUACCGCUCCCUGUCCUGAAGGAAGGGCUCAGACCGACAGGACAGGGACAGACGAUGGGAGAAGGUCCAGUGAGAAACAUCUACAUCCAUAUGCUCCAUCACAGACCGGAGCUGGACUGACAGAUUCUCCUAAGAAGGACUUUAUUCCCUGAUGAAACAGACAGCUUGGCUAAUGGCCAGUCUUCUGCGUGGUGCAAGAGAACCGCAUCAGCAUCAAUGUUCUACACAUACUGCUUUAUUUGACCUGAUGUUUCAGGUCUGAUCAGACUCAGAGACCGCAGGGUUCUUCAGCACAGGACUGGACGGAGCAACAGUCCACUUGGAAACCAACCAAGAACUUACAGACGUGAUGUUUCACUGGGGCUGACCAUGUUGCUGCUCCUGUCAGUAGAUCUAGAAGCCAAGGCGGACCAGAGGAACUGAAAACACAUCCAGACAUUCUGACACCACUCCUGGGUCUCCUUAGAGGGUCCUCUGUUAUUCCCUCUAUAACCACAAACCAAAGUCCUUGGAGCUCCUUUGAUAAACAGAGUAGGAACUAUUUUUCCACCUCAGUCAUUGGUACAUGUGUCAGACCUAAAGCAUCCCAGCACACACCCAUCGAUAGACGCCAACACCACUCAUGUAUAUUUCCUUCGAGGCCUACAGCCAAACAUCUAACCCUAACCCAACCCUCAGACCUUCAGUCUUCUGCUUGUUCUUCUGGUGUCAGGCCUCAUCUUGGAGCAGCAGUGGGUUCUCAGAGUGUUGAGACCAGAGAGCACUGGUUUGCCUAAAGCACUCCACACCAAAGCAAUACAGGGCUGGCUGCAGGACUCACAGGGCUUUAAAGAGCUGUUGGUUUGAAAAGCACGCAUGGCCCUAAAUAUGUCUGCGGUCUGUCCAGACAGAAAAGGCCACCAUGAAAAUAAAACAUCCAAAGGCUUUAUCUCACCACUAUGAGCCUUUAUCAGUAUAUUGUGUAUUUCUGACCAAAGAAUGUGAUUUUGACACAAGCUAAACAGGUAGUGUGCUGGUUUUAAAGACAACAAAUGUGAUCGAGAAACAGAAGUAGCCUGAAACAUACAUAACAUCGUCACCAGGGGGCAACAUGACAGGAGAAGGAGUUCUGCUUUACCUACAGGUAAUGGCGUUCUACUAAAGUAAGAUAAGAGGACUACAGCUUGGACUUUCUCUCAGAGACAUGCUGGCAGCGAUUAGCAGGAUGUUGCUGCUGCUUUCUGGACAGCAGGAGCAUGAUCCCCAACCCCUGGAAGAUUGAGCUGACCGAGCAGCCAUCUCCAGCCCAGCCAGAUUAGUAUCUUAUCCUCAUGUGUCUCUGUGGGGGUAAAUCCGGUUGUUAUGUCAGAUGAAAUGAGCAUUUUGAAGGUAUUAUUUGCUGUGGUGUCUUUAUGUUUGAAGACUUUAAUGUUUAAAUUAAUCUUUUUACCGACGCAUGCUAAUUCAAGCAAACCUAGUGGAGCAGUGGUUACCUGCAGGCUCCUAAACUCUGCGCUUUAUGACUACACAUCUAAGAGCAGCAGGAUGAGAAUGACUAUUUGAAUGAUUGAUUGUUCAUAAAAGGACCGAACCAAGAGGACAUUAACAAACCUACUCAAUAACAUCUGUUAGCAGCUAGUUUAAAGCGCAAUGCUGCCUUUUCUCCAGCUAAAACGUGGCUGAGUUACUCAACGCUCUGUCUCUUCAUUCCUAAAGUAACUUUUCGGGGUCAGAGGACAGUUGUACCAACACAUCCAAUGUGACGCAACAUUACUUCAUCCUACGACAUCGAUUCCAUGGCGGCGAGGAUGAGCCUUUUCACGCUGCCGCUCCAAAUGCCAUGAAAAUUUGUUUUUGGUGGUUUUCUUUGCCCAAUUUCACCAAUAUUGAAAUAGGUGUUUAUUUGAUUUGUUCCUACUCAUUUCUAUUAGUUAAGGGGUGAAGCAAAAGUUGGGGGAAGAGCUUUAAAUUGAUUCUACCUGUAAGGAGACAAUUAUUUUCUUCAAAACAAACAAAGCAGUUAGAGGGAAGUUUGAAAAGUCCUAGUUUCAUGCGGAAGCACCUUUUGAUUCAGUUUCACCUGCAGUUUUCUCAGGUAGAGUGACCAUAUAAUAUUCACCUUCUCUGCAUUUUCAUCCGCCGUCACAAACCUCCGUUCUGUCUGAAGAAAAGUGACUCCAUACUAUGAUGCUGCCACCACCAUGUGUCCCUGUGGGGGUACAGGCUUUCCCAACCCACUAGUCCAGUCUGACGGAGGAAACCGCAGAUUAUUGGAAGACAACCAGAACCAACCAGAGGCUCCUUCCCUGUGGACCUUUGCAGCCUCUCUGACCACCUUCUGUUGAUAAAAUGAGGUUAUAUCCACCAAGCCUCCAUCCUGAUAGUGUUUUAUGGUCCUUUCUGUGGACAAAUAGCCCCAGCACUGGGCACGAUUAGCAGCUAUAAAACUGAUGUGGCACCAUCUAGUGGCAGUAUCGCAGAACUAUCAAAAUUACAGUUUACUUAAUU